GGGAAUAAGGUGCAGGGAGUGACUUAUGAUGGGAGGUCACUGAUCAUUAAUGGCAAGAGAGAGUUGCUCUUCUCGGGUUCGAUCCAUUACCCUCGGAGCACCCCCGAGAUGUGGCCGGACCUUAUUAGCAAGGCAAAGCAUGGAGGCUUGAAUGUGAUCCAGACAUACGUGUUCUGGAAUGCUCACGAGCCUGUUCAAGGCCAGUUCAAUUUCGAGGGAAACUAUGAUCUGGUGAAAUUCAUUAAGAUGAUCGGGGAGCAUGACAUGUACGUCACCCUUAGAGUCGGCCCAUUCAUACAGGCCGAAUGGAAUCACGGAGGACUUCCAUAUUGGCUGAGGGAGGUUAAGAACAUCACAUUCCGUGCGGACAAUGAACCAUUCAAGUACCACAUGGAAAAAUUUGUAAGGAAAAUCAUAGACAUGAUGAAGGAAGAGAAAUUGUUUGCUUCCCAAGGAGGUCCCAUUAUUUUGGCUCAGAUUGAGAACGAGUACAAUCAUAUUCAACUCGCUUAUAAAGAGUUAGGCACCCGGUAUGUCCAGUGGGCAGGAAACAUGGCUCUUGGCCUUAAUAUUGGAGUUCCAUGGAUCAUGUGCAAGCAAAAGGAUGCUCCCGGUCCUGUGAUAAAUACAUGCAACGGGAGGCACUGUGGUGAUACUUUCACUGGCCCAAACAGCCCGAACAAGCCAAUUCUCUGGACAGAGAACUGGACUGCUCAGUAUCGAGUAUUUGGAGAUCCACCAUCCCAAAGAUCAGUGGAAGAUAUUGCUUUCUCCGUUGCUCGUUUCUUUGCUAAGAACGGGAGUUUAGCCAACUAUUACAUGUAUCAUGGUGGUACGAAUUUCGGCAGAACUAGUGCUGUUUUCACAACCACCCGCUACUAUGAUGAAGCUCCACUUGAUGAAUAUGGUUUGCAGAGGGAACCCAAAUGGAGCCAUCUCAGGGACGUGCACAAGGCUUUGAGUUUAUGUAGGAAGCCAUUGUUGUGGGGUAACCCAAGCGUUCAACGUCUUGGAGCAGACAUUGAGGCCUUAACUUUUGAGAUCCCAGGGACCAAAGUUUGCGCUGCUUUCUUGACUAAUAACCACACCAAAAUAGCACAAGUUGCCGAGUUCAGGGGUGAAAGUUUCUAUUUGCCUCCUCAUUCCAUUAGCAUCCUCCCUGAUUGCAAGACUCUGGUUUACAAUACACAAACGAUUGUAUCACAGCAUAAUGCAAGGAACUUCCGCAGAUCAAAGGUUACAGACAACCUUAAGUGGGAGAUGUCCCGAGAAGCCAUCCCAGACAUUGCCAAAGUACCAGUUGAUUCUAAGAUCCCAGCUGAGCACUACAAGUUGACAAAAGACACCACAGACUAUGCCUGGUUUACAACAAGCAUUAAGAUAAGCCCAAGAGAUCUACCAAGGCGUACAGAUAUCCUUCCUGUUCUAAGGAUAGCAAGUCUUGGCCAUGCUAUGCAAGUGUUUGUAAAUGGCGAAUACAUAGGAACGGCCCACGGAAGCCACAUUGAGAAGAGCUUUGUCUUUCAGAAAGCUGUAAACUUGAAGCCAGGGACCAAUUACAUAUCUUUGCUGGGCAUGACGAUUGGAUUACCUGAUAGCGGAGCAUACAUGGAGCAUAAAUUUGCUGGGCCUCGUUUGGUGACAAUCCUUGGUUUGAACACUGGCACUCUUGAUUUAACACUGAAUGGCUGGGGACAUAAGGUUGGCUUGGACGGGGAAAAGGUCCGUGCAUACACACAAGCAGGAUCGCACCGGGUACAAUGGAAAAAGGCAAACGGAGUCGGCCCUGCUCUUACUUGGUACAAGGCAUACUUCCAUGCUCCCGAAGGAGACGGUCCCCUUGCUAUCCGACUUCCUAACUUGGGCAAGGGAAUGAUUUGGGUCAACGGCAAAAGCAUUGGCCGCUUCUGGAAUUCUUACCUUACUCCUCUUUUGCAACCAUCUCAAUCAGAGUACCAUAUUCCAAGGUCCUUCAUUAAACCAAGUGACAAUCUCAUGGUCGUGUUGGAUGAAGAAGGAGGCAAUCCUCAGUCAAUUGAGAUCCUCACUGUGGACAGAGAUACCAUCUGUAGCUUCAUUUCUGAGAACCAUCCACCCCACGUGAAGUCAUGGGCAAGAAAGAACAGCCACAUCAGACCCGUUGUGGAUAAUGUGAAGCCGACGGCUAACUUAAAGUGCUCAAACCACAAGAAGAUCGUUGCUAUUGAGUUUGCAAGCUUUGGUGAUCCAGACGGUAUCUGCGGAAGCUUUUCACUUGGAAAAUGCACUUCUUCCAUUUCCAAGAAGGUGGUUGAACAGUAUUGCUUGGGAAAAACCAGUUGCCAAGUUCCCAUUGACAGAGCGCUCUUCGACAAGAACAACAACGGGUGUCCUGACAUCAUGAAGACGUUAGCCAUCCAGGCAAGAUGCAGCUAG